AUGUUCAACGGGCCCCACGACUACCUUGACUGUUACGUUGCUGGGAGGCCCAAGUUCUUGCCCAGCUCUUCCGCCACCAUCUACAAUCACCGUGAGCACUUGUCCUGGGACCACCCCGGUGGGUGGAGUUACCGGCUGCUCAAACUCGCCUCCCUUCACAAUUACGGUGACGACUGGAAGCCAAUGCCCACCAACCACGCCAGUUGGGCCAGGAAACGUUUGCUCGACAGUGCCGCCCUCUACCGUCACUUAGGUGGUGGAAUCUCAACAACCACCAUUGUUAACCCGGCCCGGACCAUUACCGAAAGCACCACCGUUAUUUCCACCAUUCCCGGUCCUGGCGAGACAACUACAGUCGUCUCUACCAUCCCAGGUCCAGUUCAGACAACGACUGUGGUAUCUACCGUUCAAGCUCCUGGCCAAACUACCACUGUUUUUUCCACGGUUCAAGCUUCCGGCCAAACCACCACGGUUGUGUCUACAGUUCGCGGCCCUGUUGAGAUCACGACUGUUGUUUCAACAGUUCAAGUUCCAGCUUCGACCACUACAGUCAUUUCGACUGUCCCAGGCCCUGUCCAGACACAAACCGUCACCACCACAGAGGUUGGGCCAGGACAGACGUCCACUUUCACACGUACUCUCACAGUGCCAAACGGCCCUCCAUCCACAGUGACGACCACAGUAUCCCAGCCUUGCGGCGCUGGGCAGACAGUCACCGUCACUGGACCAACGACGACUGAGAACUGUACGAACAUCGGUCCAGGCCAGACUGUUACAGUCGCCGGUCCCACUGUUACCACCGGACCUACCACCACGAUUACUACUACGGAGAGAUGCACCAACGUGGGACCAGGGGCUGCCUCAACCUGCGCCACCAUCACGAAGUGGUCGACAAUUGGAGGCGGAUAUGGUAGCGACUACUCAACUGACACUGCUGGCGCCGCUUCGACCUCAGGCUGGAGCAAAGAUGUCAAAGACGAAGAAUCGGAUGAGAUACUUCAGAAAAAAAAACCAUAA